AUGACUGAAUGGAUGUUCCAAGGGACCAAGCAGGGAUCCGGGGUAAGAGCGAGUGAGCACCCAAAAGUGGAAGUGGCGGAAAUUCUGACGAAUCAGAUCACCACACCCGGGACCCAGGUGUCGGACAUUCUUGGCACAGACUCCGAACUAUUCUCCACUCGGCCGACUCGGCUCAACUUCUCCAUCCUCAUCUCCUCCACCUCCUCCAUCUAUCCUAGGCCUGAGCUUCCUUCCACCGGCUCCUUGGCUCAGAAGUUCGAACCCUCACUGUUAGACGUCGGAACAUUGUCGACUGGCUGUCAGCGAACGUUGAGUACAGCUGCCAUUUGUAAUUUCUCGUCAGGGACCGUUUGCUGGACAUACGUUGUAAUCAUGGCCUCCCCGCUGUGCAAACAGGACCCCUCACCUCGUCCUACCCCUGGUCUCUGGUCUCUGAACGCCCGUCUCGCCGUAGCGUCCCCCAGAGAACUUUCGCUUUUCAUCUGUCGAUUACAGAACUCGAUGAUGCGCAAAACAUAUCCAUCACACCCUCUGACCGCCAUAGUUGUGAUCAAGACAGAAUGGCCCUGGACCAAGAUCACCCUCAGCCAGCAGGACGUCCCCGAGAGAGUCCUCAGCAGACAGCCUUCCCACACAACAGCUAGGAGUAGACGCUCCAUCGCCAGCUCGAGACGCACCCGGAGAGAUGAUGUCCCCGCAGUCUCGGACCCCAUCCUCCUCACCCAUCUCGACAAGGGCCUCGUCGGCUGGGAUGGCCAAGAUGACCCCGACAUGCCGCUAAACUUCAACCCCAAGCUCAAGUGGACCAUUGUCAGCUGCGUCGCCGCCAUCACCUUCCUGACUCCCUUCGCCUCCACCAUCCUAGCCCCCGCCAUCCGCCAUCUCGCCGAGGACUUCGGCUACGACCCGCACGGCGACCUGACCAUGCCGUCCUUCCCCGUCAGCAUCUACCUCCUAGGCUACGCCGUCGGGCCCCUCUUCCUCUCCCCCCUCUCCGAGAUCUACGGCCGCCACAUCGUCCUAUGCUCCGCCAACGCCUUCUUCUGCCUCUUCCUCGUCGGCUGCGCCCUGGCCCCGUCCCUCAACUCGCUCAUCGUCUUCCGCUUCUUCACCGGCGUCGGCGGUUCCGGCUGCAUGACCAUCGGGGGCGGCAUCAUCGCCGACAUGAUCCCCGUCCACCAGCGCGGCAAGGCCAUCACCGUCUGGAUGCUCGGCCCCCUGAUCGGCCCCACCAUCGGGCCCCUCAUCGGCGCCUUCGUCGCCCAGGACAUAGGCUGGCGCUGGACCGCCUGGAUCGUCCUCAUCGCUGCCGCCCCGACCGUCCUCGCCAUCGCCCUCCUCUCAAGGGAAACCAACGCCCGCGUCCUCAUCCACCGCAAGACCCUCCGUCUCCGCCGUGAGCUGAACCGCCCGGACCUCCGCUCCGUCUACGACCCGUCCGACCCGUCCGAUCCCUCCUCCUCCUCCUCCCCUUCUCCUCCCACCAACUCCCAGAUCCUCCUCCGCGGCCUGCUCCGUCCGCUCAAACUCCUCUUCCUCUCCCCCCUCCUCUUCUCCCUCUCCCUCUACAUCGCCUUCUGCUACGGCGUCCUCUACCUCCUCUUCAACACCAUCCCCCUCGUCUUCCAGCAGCAGUACGCCUUCUCCCUCGGCCACACCGGCCUCAUCUACCUCUUCAUGGGCGCCGGCUACGCCGCCUCCCUCGUCCUUUUCCUCUUCUUCUCCGACCGCACCGUCGUCCGCAUGACCGCCGCCAACGGAGGCCGCUUCCUCCCCGAGAUGCGCCUCCCCUCCUGCGUCUGGUACGCCUGCCUCCUCCCCGUCGCCUUCUUCUGGUACGGCUGGGCCGCCGCCGCCGCCCCGCACACCCACUGGGCCGUCCCCGCCGCCGCCCUCCUCCCGUUCGGUUUUGGUCUCGUCGGCGUCUGGCAGCCCAUCCAGGCCUACAUCAUCGACGCCUUCCCCGAGUAUGCCGCCUCCGCCCUCGCCGCCUUCACCGUCUUCCGUAGCGUCAUUGCCGCUUUCCUGCCCCUCGCCGGCCCCCAGAUGUACCAGGCCCUCGGCCUCGGCUGGGGCAACAGCUUGCUUGGCUUCAUUGCCGUUGCUCUUAUCCCUGUGCCUCUGUUGAUAUACAAGUUUGGCGCUAAAUUGCGGAAGCACAAACUGAAGCUUUGAUCGGAAUGUUGGUUCGUAUAGAGUGGAUAAGAAAUCCCCGAAGAUUAGAAAAGGGUGGACAAAUAAUAACCAGGCAUAUCUCCAAGUGGUGAACUGCAAAUCCUGAUUCGGACAUAUUACGCUGCCCUUGUCCGUGGAUCUCCCGUGAUAUGUGCCAUAUUCUAAUACAUUUAUUAGGUAGAGUAUGCUUCCCCUCGAAGCCCACUCCACUCGCAGCAGUUAACCUCAACUCCCCUCCCCGUCUUCCCGUGCCCUUGUUUGCCCCAUCAAAUCAUUCCCGACGUCCCAGAAAAAGAAAAGAAAAGAAAAAGGAGGGGGGAAGU